CACGAUCCCAGCCUACGUGUGGAGAUCCUUGAUCGCGGACGUCUGGAACCCCGGAUGACUUCAUAAUUUCACCCGACAUCGAUCAGCAAUAUGUUCGGAGGGUUUGGACAGAAUAACCAGCAAGGCUCUAGCUUCGGAGCGGGCUCUGGCUUCGGUGGCACGAGUUCUGGUGGAGGCUUUGGAGCGGGCGCCCAGAACCAAACGAACCCCAUGUUUGGAGGUCAGAAUCGCGCCGGCGGCUUCGGCACUGGCACUGGCACCUCGACCGGAGGCUCUCUUUUCGGAAGUGGCACUGGCACUGGUACCAACACCGCCACAACGGGUGGUGGCUUUGGCGGCUUCGGAGCAGCUACGAACACCGGAGGGGGAUUCGGCAGCAACACUGGCACUGCUACUGGCGGCACUGCGGGUGGACUCUUUGGCAACAAACCGGCGGGAGGCUUCGGUAGCUCUGCUGGUACCACCUCUGGAUUUGGCACGAGCGGCGGUGCAACCGGCGGCGCCGGCGGCUUUGGCAGCAACGCAUCUGGUUUCGGUAGUGGGACAGGCACUGCUUUCCAGCAGGCCAUUCCUCCCUCCGAUGGCACCGGAAGCACCCCCUUCAGCGCCUUCACGGAGAAGGACAACACCGCCAAUGCGACCAACCACUAUCAGAGUAUCACGUUCAUGCAGCCCUACAGCAAGUAUUGUUUUGAAGAGCUCCGCCUAGGCGAUUACAACCAAGGCCGCCGCUUCGGGAAUGGCAGUGGACAAGCGGGUGCCUUUGGCUCUUCGGCUUUCGGGGGGUCUGGCUUCGGACAACAACCCGCAGCCACUGGCUUCGGAAACACUUCCUCGCCAUUUGGCGGAGCCGCCACCAGUGCCCCAUCUGGCUUUGGCCAGACGCAGACCGCGGGCGGCUUUGGAUCAAACUCGACCAAUCCCUUGUUUGGGGCUGCCAAGCCAGCGACCUCCCUGUUUGGCGGAAGCACGGGCACCACAGGCACGACCCAGGCCGGUGGUGGUCUGUUCGGCGGCGGCACAGCAACUGCGGGUGGAUUCGGUAGCAGCGCAGGAACCGGAACCGGAACCGGUGGCUUUGGAGCUGGCGGGUCUCUGUUCGGUAACAACAACGCCCAGCAACAGCAGCAGAACAAGCCCCUGUUUGGCGGAAGCGGUACCGGAACGACGGGCGGCGCAUUUGGUGGCGGCUUUGGCGCGCAGAACACCAGCGCUGCCUCCCCAUUCGGCGGCACUGCUGCGACUGUCUCUCCCUUUGGCGGCCAGCAGCAGCAACCUCAGCAAGCCCAGACUGGCACCGGCCUGUUCGGCGGUGGCUUUGGCCAGCAGAACCAAGCCCAGCAGCCGGGGCAGACUCAGAACAAGGGCCUGUUCGGCGGUGGCUUUGGAACAAACACGCAGCAACAGACGGGCACCACCCCAAGUCUCUUCGGAAACACCGGCGCUGGCACCGGCACCGGCGCCACGGGCUCUUCUCUCUUCGGUCAGAACACCCAGCAACCCCAGCAACAGGCAGCUGGCGGCUCACUGUUUGGAGCUGCCAACACCCCGCAGACCGGAACCAGCUCCCUCUUCGGUGGAGCACAGCAACAGGGCCAGAAGAGUCUCUUCGGAGGCGGCACAACGGGCACUGGUACCGGUACUGGUGCAUUCGGGGGCUUUGGCAACACUCAGGGUCAGCAGCAGCAGGGAGCUACAGGUGGACUGUUUGGUGGCGCACAGAACCAGCAGCAGCAGAAGCCGAGUCUCUUCGGAGGGGCCACCGGCACUGGUGGAUCUCUCUUUGGAGGAGCAAACACUGCCGCCCCGAGCGCUGGUGGGUCCCUGUUUGGUAACACGCAGAGCCAGCAGCAGCCUGCGGGGGGACUGGGCACCUCGAGCCUCUUUGGUAACUCUCAGCAGGCGCAGGCGCAGCCUCAGCAACCUCAGCAGCCGGCGCCGGGCAGUUUCCAAGCCUCUCUUCUCGACGGCAACCCCUAUGGAAACCAGUCCAUCUUCUCUGGUCUACCUGCUCCGAGUGCUUCCAGUCCUGGUCCUUUGGCCACGCCUCUUUCGUCUUCUACUAAGCAGAAGCAGCGCACUCCGCUGCCAGUCUACAAGAUCACUCCCAACGCCGCCAACCGCCUGAUCACUCCACCCAAACGUCAAGGCUACGGAUUCUCUUACUCGAACUACGGGUCGCCUUCUAGCAACACCAGCAGUCCCAAUCUCGGCAGCAGCCUUUUGGGCGGCAGCAUGCGUGCCAGCAUGAACGGAAGCCUGGGGCGCUCUACCUCUAGCUUCAGCAAGAGCUUCUCCACCAGCAACCUGCGCAAGACGUUUGACCCUGACACCGACAGUGUCCUGUCUCCUGGGGCGCUUACCUCGGGAAGCUCCCGUCUUUCGAGUGGUAGCCUGAAGCGUCUCACCAUUGAUCGCAGCCUGAGAAACGACCUUUUCGCACGCCCUGCCAGUACCCCCGUGGCCCCGAUCACCAAUGGUGAAGACGCCUCACAGCCGGUUGACAAGGGGAAGAAGAAGUCGGUCAGCUUUGAUACUUCAUUGGAGUCUUCGAGCGCUGGUGCCGAAAUUGUUCCUAUCCAGACCCAGAGCUCCGAACCGACUCCCGAGGAAUUGGGCUUCCUGCGCUCCAUCCGCAAGAGCGGUACCAUCAGCGGCAUCAGCAGCCUGUCUCAGUCGACCGAGAGCCUUGUGCAGCCGGAAAUGGAGUCUGUUCGUGGCAAUGAACUUCCCGUGGUUCCCGAAACUGCUGAACAGGCCGCCAAGCCCACCGAUGGCCCUUCGCGACUUUCUUUCAUUCCUGGCGCCGACCCGCAGCCCGGUGACUACUGGAUGAAGCCCAGCCGCGCGGAAAUCAGCAAGCUGAGCCGCGAGCGGCAGAAGUGUUUUGUUGGCUUCACGGUUGGUCGUCAACGGUGUGGCCAGGUCACUUUCGAUGAGCCCGUUGAUCUGACGACCGUCGAUCUGGACAAUCUUUACGACCGCAUUGUGGACAUCGGAGUGCGCAAGAUCACCGUCUACCCGGAUGAGACGAUCAAGCCCCCCAUGGGCAAGGGCCUGAACGUCCCCUCGACCCUGCGGAUCGAGAACUCCUGGCCCCGCGGUCGCGACAAGAAAUCCCCGUCCCCGCUGACCAGCGGCCCUCUGUUCGAUAAGCACGUCGACCGGUUGGUGAAGGUGCACAACACCGAGUUUGUUGACUACGAAACGGAGACCGGCACGUGGGUGUUCCGGGUCCCUCACUACACGACCUAUGGUCUUGAUUAUGAUAGCGAUGAGGAGGAAGAAGGUGAGAGCCUCAACCAAAGCACUUUCAGUGCUGCUCCUGACACUCCGACUCCGAAGAACCAAACCCCUGGCCACGCCGACACGACCAUGGGCUCGGAGAUGAUGUCCGGCUUCUCCACUGACGACUCCUUCGUGGGGUCCAUGGCCGGCAUCGACGACGACACGUUCGAUUUCAAAAAGCGCAAGAUUGUUCCGGGGGCGUUUGGCAACCAAAUCAUGGAGACGGUGGAGGACGAGGAUUCAGCGGACGAGGAGUCUUUUUUAGGGGAAAGCUCCACGGGUUCGACUAUUGAGCAAGACGGCGAUGAUAUCACCGAAAGCCAGCACUCUGGCGAGUCAGUAGCUGAAUUGGAUGAGGGCGAGGAAAUGGACAUGGCGGGCACCUUUCCGGAUCUUCAUCAUACCGUGGAGCGCGACGAUACCGAAAGCGUCGAUACGUUUAUGGAAAUUACCCAGCCAGUGUUGAGGCCUUGGGACACGCCGUCCAAGGCUCGUCUUGAUCUGAAUGGCGACUGGGCCGCGCAUCUGCAGCGGACCAUCAGCCCCCGGAAGCAAGACCGCGAUGCACUUCGCGAGAUCCAAGCCAACGCAUUCACCGACCGGCCUCUGUUUGAGGAUUCCCCGCAGAAGUCUGCCGAUUCCCCGCAAAAGGGCUUUGCCACCAGCAUUGACCUGAUGAACUCUUUGUUCCAGCAGCCGCGGAAACAGGCCCCAUCUCCGUUCAAGCAAAGCGUGCGGCCUACUGGUCUUGAGUGGCCUUACAACAAGAAGCCCAAGACCUUUGCUGGUGAAGCGAACGAGUUAAGCGCCGACGAUAUGGCUUUCCAUCACUCUUUCAAACCCCGCUGGGGGCCCGUGAACUCCCUUCUCUGCGUUCAGAACGGGCUGGGGGGCACCCUCGCUGGAGAUGCCCGUUGGCAGUCGAAGUUUUCUGUUACGAGUGAAGGCCGCGACGUCUCUCUGCUUGCAUUCAACAAGGAGUUGGAGCCGAGUGAGAUGCUGGAGGCGCAGAGGAAGCAGUCGGUCGUUUCCCGUGUCGAUGGAGUGCCCUUUGCUCGCCUGGCCACCGCUGAUUUCCGUCAAUUCGCGCAAGCGUCGAGUCUGGUCCAGUCUGACCACGAGCGGCUGCUGUGGCAGCUGGCCAACAUCCUGUUCAACGACGAUGUUGAGGACGACAUCUCCGCAGGGGUGCCGCCCCAGCUCCGGCCGAAAUACCUCCACCGCAUCAAGAAAGACCGUCUGAGCCGUCUGUGGGAGGGCAUCGCCCGCGAGAGGCAUGCACAGGCUGCUGGGAUAGCGACCUCGGCCGAAGAACGUGCGGUACACCUGCUGUGCUCGCAUCGGGUGGAAGAGGCGUGCAAGGUUCUCGUGGCUAGCCACAACUACCACCUGGCCACACUGGUGGCUCAGAUUGGCCGCGACCCGACCACGCGCGCGGACAUGACCAAGCAGAUCGAGAUGUGGCGCCAGAGCAAUGUGUACUCGGAAAUGAGCGAGCCCGUCCGGGCGCUGUACGAGCUGCUUGCCGGCAAUGCGCUGCGCAGCGAUGGCAAAUCGACCGGUGCGCUUGAGGACCGGAUUUCCACCUUCACUCUCUCGGAACGGUUCGGAUUGGAUUGGUUCCAGGCCUUCGGCCUGCGUCUUUGGUAUGGGAUCACGGAGGACGAGCCGAUUGAGGCCGCCGUCAGUCAAUUUGUGGAUGACCUCAGCAAAGGAGACGAGCCCGCCUUCCCCAGCCCUGUCCACGGCAGUGCCCCGGAGGAGUCCCCUCUGUGGGUCUUGCUGAAGGUGUAUGCGACCACGGCUGACAAGACGACCAACAUUCCUGCGCUGGAGUUCCCGGCGGCGCUGCUCCCGGAAUCUGUCAGCGGCGACAAGCUUUCGAACCGACUUUCCUUCCAGCUGUGUCAACUGCUUGCUACGGCCAUCGGGCAGCCGGACAACUUCCGUAUCGACACCGCUCAGCUGGACCAGUUGGUGUGGGACUAUGCCUUCGAACUGUGCUGCAGCGGCGCGCUGGGCCGGACGCUGUUCGUCCUCCUCCACCUGUCGCGCGCCUCGGAUCGCGAGCGUGCCGUCAAGGAGACUCUCGCCCGGUUCGCACCCGAGCUGCCCGAUCCAUUCACGUCGGAAGGACAACCCAACCUGAUGUGGCAGUACCUCACCCAGGACCUCCAACUGCCCGAGAGCUGGGUGUGGGUGUCCAAGGCGCUGUACGCGCGGGACACCGGCGACGCAGCGCGCGAAGUCGACUACCUUGUGCGGGCGAAGAACUGGAACGACGCACACGCGACCUUCUGCCGCAUCGUCGGCCCCACUGCCGUCAUCGAAGGCGACUACGCGACGCUUGAGCUCCUAGUCACGGGCUUUGGCGACGAGCCGGACCGCAAGGUGCGCGGCUGGGCCAGCGGCGGCGGCAUCUACGACGACUUCCUGCGUCUGGCCACAGCCAAGGGCAAGCGCGACACCACCCGCCUCAACCGCUUGGUCCAGGCGCUGGCCACGCUGGGCGACAAAAUCAGCCAGGGAUCCGGCGUCGAGGGACUCGAGGAGCGCGUGGCCUUCCGGGAAAUGAGCCGGGCUGUGGCCGGCUGGACGGCGCACGAGGACCAGAUCGAGCUGUCGAGCGUGCUUGGGUUGCCUCUCACGGCUGAUGCCCGCGUCGCGCAGACCGCUGAGAUGAGUCGCAGGUAUUAUCGCAGUAUCAUGGCGGGGGGGUAUUAAGCUAGCUGUCUCUUUCUCUUAUCUUCUUCUGUCUCUGUCGGUUUUGUAUUUUGACAUUUGUUUUCUCUUUUUUCUUUUCUCUUGCGCUUUUUGUUGUUGUUGUGUGUCGGACGACAUGAGCGAUUGUGUAACUAGAUCCUACUUACCUACCU